AGCUAGCAGGGCAGUGGGCAGAGAGAUAGAGACACAGAGAAAAGGGAAGAGAGGGCAAUAAUGGCGGGAGAGUCCGUUGGAACAAAUAAGACGACGGAGGAGAAGAUUAGGGAGGAGGAGGAAGUGGUGGCGCCGCCGCCACACUUCGUUCUGGUUCAUGGACUCGGCGGCGGAGCUUGGUGCUGGUACAAGCUCCGGUGUCUCAUGGAGAAUUCCGGCUACAAAGUCUCCUGUAUUGACCUCAGAGGCGCCGGCGUUGACCCCGCCGACGCUAACGAUAUUCUCCGUUUCGAUGAUUACAACAAACCCCUCCUCGAUUUCUUGGCCUCCUUGCCUCCAAAUCAACAGGUAAUAUUGGUAGGGCAUAGCGCAGGAGGGCUGAGCGUUACAGAUGCGACUCACAAGUUUCCCCAAAAGAUCAGCCUAGCAAUCUACCUCGCAGCAACAAUGCUCAAAACUGGCUUCACCUCUGAACAAGACAUCAAAGAUGGAAUUCCAGAUUUAUCGGAUUUUGGAGAAAUCAAUGAAGUGUAUGACAUCGGUUUCGGGAUGGGCCAAGAUGGGCCUCCCACCAGUAUACUCGUCAAUAAAACAUUACAACGUAAAAUUCUCUACCAAAUGAGUCCACUCGAGGAUUCGACGUUGGCGGGAAUGUUACUGAGACCCGGGCCGAUCAAAGCGUUGGGGAGUGCAGAGUUCAGGGAAUCGGAGGGUGGAGAACAAGUUCCUCGGAUUUACAUUAGAACGAGGUACGACAACGUGGUUAAGCCGGAGCAGCAAGAUUCAAUGAUCAACAAGUGGCCGCCGGCGAGCGUGUACACUUUGGAUAGCGACCAUAGCCCUUUCUUCUCCGCCCCAUUCGCACUGUUUGGUUUGUUAGUUAAAGCAACAUCAACUUAUUAUGUUGGAUGCAUGUAAACUUAUUAACUUAAAGGCAAAAACUUGUGUGAGACCGUCUCACGGAUCUCCAUCCGUGAGACGGGUCGGGUCACACGAGUAUACGGGUCAACAUGUGCAUAUCAUGUGCCUUUUUAUAUUUUUCUCCCUACAUCCAAUGCUACUCGCUCUCUGCUUUUCAUCC